GCAGCAGCUGACUGUGGUGCAGCAGCAGCAGCAGCAGCAGCUGACUGUAGUGCAGCAGCAGCAUCUGAUCGUGGUGCAGCAGCAGCAGCUGACCGUGGUGCAGCAGCAGCAGCAGCAGCAGCUGACCGUGGUGCAGCAGCAGCAGCAGCAGCUGACCGUGGUGCAGCAGCAGCAGCAGCUGACCGUGGUGCAGCAGCAGCAGCAGCUGACCGUGGUGCAGCAGCAGCAGCAGCUGACCGUGGUGCAGCAGCAGCAGCAGCUGACCGUGGUACAGCAGCAGCUGACCGUGGUGCAGCAGCAGCAGCUGACCGUGGUGCAGCAGCAGCAGCUGACCGUGGUGCAGCAGCAGACCGUGGUACAGCAGCAGCUGACCGUGGUGCAGCAGCAGCUGACCGUGGUGCAGCAGCAGCAGCUGACCGUGGUGCAGCAGCAGCU